UCCCUUAUUUAUUAUCAGAAGGAAGAGUAAACAAGUCUAUAUAAAGGUACAAUAUUCGUUUGCAAAUUAGAGAAACAAACUCUCUAUCUCUCUCUCUAUCCUCUCCCAUGGCUUCCUUUGUCAAGAAAUAUUUCAUCUUCUUCUUCUUCCUCUUCACCACCCUCUCCGUCUCCCUGCAAAUCCAUGCCAGAGAAAGCCAUUUCUUCAACAAAGUCUCUAGCAGCAAUGAGCAGAGUCCUUCUACUGUGAUUCCUCAACAGCAGGAGCCCAGCUUCACUCUAGAGACUGAAAAUGCCCAUGGCAUCUCCGGCCAUGAAUCCGGCCAGCUUUCUCCUUCUUCCACCGCCUUCAACGGCCAAGUUUCCCACUCCGCCGCCGGUGAGGACAUUCCCAACAAGAAAUACCUUCCCAAGAAUUACAACCCCGUUGCCUAUGUCACCGUCGUUGAAGACAAGAAUGAUGAAUCCACUGCCGCCGGCGAAUCCGGAAAGGACCUGUACUACACCGGCGCCAAAGAUUCAAACUUUCCCGUGGAUGAGACUAGUUUCAUUGGAGAGGAGGUCUCCGGCGGUGCCGCCGGUAAGGAAUCUAAGUUUCCGGCCGACGAUGCCAUGUUCGACGACAAGGAGUUCACCCCGGCCACCGCCGCCGAUAACUACCACUACUCCAGCGCCGAGAAAGAAUCCUUCCCGGGAAACGAGUUCCCCGCCGCCGCCGCCGCCGCCGCCGAUGACGGCAACGGCUACUACUUACCAAACAAAAAAUCCAGCAUGCCUGAAGACACAUUCACCGAAACCGACUUCAACACCCAGCAAGAACAAACCUUCCCAACCACCACCUCCGCCGGAGAACCCCGAUUCAACUACAACCACGGCGUCUCCGGCAACUGGGUCCAGCAGCAGGGGAUGAGCGACACGAGAUUCUUGGAGAACGGGAAGUACUUCUACGACGUCAACACGGAGAAAUACGUGAGAAGUCCGCUCGAGAAUGCCAAAGAAUAUCUCGCCGGAAAAUCAAGAAACCAGUUCAACAACAACAACAAUUUCCAGGAAGUUGAGGAGUUCCCGGAGGAAGAAAACCUGCCCUGAGAUUUGAAAAAUUCUGGGUUUCUUUUUUUCUUAAAUUUUCAUUUUCAGAUCUAAAAUAUUUAAAGAUGAUGUGAAAGUCCCAAAAAUUUCCAGAACAGAUUGGGUGUUUGAUCCUGUGUUAAAUUUAUGUUUGUUUAGGGGAAAAUGUUUAAUAUUUCGUAUUAUGUUUAAAAGAUAUGUGCAUAGGUGUUGGGAUUUUAAGCGCGUAAUAUACCGAAAAAUAUUGAGAACUUGAAAAAUAAAUAAACACAAUACACAAGAAGAAAAUAUGAGACUAUUU